AUGUCGAAGGGUACAACAGUUGUCAUCAUCCCAGGCGCUUGGCAGAAGCGAGUGGCGUGGGACCGCUUCAUCCGGGAGCUAGAGGCGGCCGGCUUCAAAGCCAUUUUUGUGUCCCUCCCCACGGUUGGCGGCACGGAGCUGCCGCUCAAAAGCCUCGAAGACGAUGUUGCCGCCGUCCGCGACGUGCUAGGGCGCCUGGCAGAAGAGGACCAAGAUGCGCUGCUGGUCUGCCACAGCGCUGGGGGUUUGGUCGCGAGCAGUGCCGUCGAGGGCGUGGGGAAUGUGGCUGGAGUCGUUUACGUCACCGCCUUCAUGGUGCCCAGGGGUAGCUCGCUGCUGGACAUGCUACGCGGAAGGCCUUUUGAUUGGAUGGAGGUGAUGGAUGAUCGCGUGCUGGUGAACCCCGUGCUAUUGCCGCAGGUGGCUUUCAACGAUCUGGACGGCCCGACGCAGGAGCAGAGCUGCAACGACAUGACACACACCUCCAUAAAGUUGUUCUCCAGCCCGGCCAGCUACGAACCUUGGUCGAACGGUGUCAGGUGUGGAUACGUCUUUUGCUCCCAGGACAACGCUGUGCCGCUGCCGCUCCAGGAACGAAUGGCUUCGCAGCUUGGUCCCGAUGCGAUUACUGCCAUGGUCAACUCUGGACAUUGUCCAUUCAUCGGAGUUCCCCAAGAGCUGGUUGGGGCGAUUGUAAGCGUCUAUGCCCGCUUCGUCUAG